AUCUACAUUUUCACGAGGAAAGAGACGAUGUGGGAGGCGACACCAAGCUGUUGAAUACAACGGGGCGUGGCUUACACACCCCUUCGUUCUGAUCGUAUGUCCCCGGCCACUUUUCCUAAGGUCCCUGGAGCUCGUCAGUAGGGUUCUCGAGGAAUAACACAGUGGUGAAGCCAUGGAAGGGGCAAGCGACGGGACAGAGGCGCGCGCGCUGCAGUAUGAACAGACUUUGAUGUAUGGCAGGUACACACAGGAGCUGGGAGAAUUCGCCAAGGAGGAGGCAGCACGUUUGAGGGAGAAAAGCAGCUUUAGGAGAACCCCUCUGCAUGAUCGGAGCCGGUCUGCAGAGCUGCUGGAGUACGAGAAAGGCCAUUGCACCAAAUGUCGAAUUUGCACAGUAAGAUGUCAGAAGUUUCUAAUCUCCAGGGUUGGGGAAGACUGGAUCUUUCUCAUUCUUCUUGGCUUGCUAAUGGCCCUGGUCAGCUGGGCUAUGGACUUUGCUAUUGCUGUCUGUUUACAAGCCCAGAAAUGGAUGUAUGGGGGACUGGGCAACAAUGUCUUCCUUCAGUAUCUGGCAUGGGUCACCUACCCUGUUGUUCUGAUCACCUUUUCUGCUGGUUUUACCCAAAUACUUGCACCUCAGGCAGUUGGAUCCGGUAUUCCUGAGAUGAAGACAAUCCUCCGGGGGGUGGUCCUGAAAGAAUACUUGACCUUCAAAACAUUUGUGGCCAAAGUGAUCGGAUUGACAUGUGCUCUGGGCAGUGGAAUGCCCCUUGGUAAAGAAGGACCAUUCGUGCACAUUGCCAGUCUGUGUGCUGCACUGCUCAGCAAGUUCAUGUCACUUUUUGGAGGAAUUUAUGAGGAGGAGAGCGGAGAAGGGUAUAAGAAUGAGUCACGCAAUAUUGAAAUGCUGGCAGCUGCUUGUGCUGUAGGAGUUGGCUGCUGUUUUGCUGCACCCAUUGGAGGUGUACUGUUCAGUAUUGAAGUAACCUCAACCUUUUUUGCUGUCAGAAACUACUGGCGAGGCUUCUUUGCAGCUACCUUUAGUGCCUUCAUCUUCAGAGUUCUGGCAGUUUGGAAUAAAGAUGAGGAGACCAUCACUGCUCUAUUUAAAACAAGAUUCCGCUUGGAUUUUCCCUUUGAUCUCCAGGAGCUCCCUGCCUUUGCUGUCAUUGGAAUUGCCAGUGGUUUCGGAGGAGCUCUGUUUGUCUACUUGAACCGAAAGAUUGUGCAAUUUAUGAGGAAACAGAAAGCCAUCAAUAAAUUCCUGAUGAAAAAACGCCUGCUGUUUCCAGCACUGGUCACUCUGCUGAUUGCCACUCUCACUUUUCCACCUGGCUUUGGGCAGUUCAUGGCUGGCCAGCUGACCCAGAGGGAGACGCUGGUUACUCUUUUUGAUAACCGCACAUGGGCUCGACAGGGAAUUGCUGAAGAGUUUGAGUAUAUUAGUAUCUCGGAGGCAUGGAAACAUCCUCAUGCCAAUGUCUUCAUCACACUUGUUGUCUUCAUCUUGAUGAAGUUUUGGAUGUCUGCUCUGGCCACUACCAUCCCUGUCCCAUGUGGAGCCUUCAUGCCUGUAUUUGUGAUUGGUGCAGCAUUUGGUCGGCUAGUUGGUGAGAGUAUGGCAGCCUGGUUUCCAGAUGGAAUUCAUGCAGAUGGCAAUAUUUACCGUAUUGUGCCAGGAGGCUAUGCUGUGGUUGGAGCUGCAGCCCUCUCUGGAGCAGUGACCCACACUGUGUCCACAGCAGUCAUUGUGUUUGAGUUAACUGGACAGAUCUCCCAUAUCCUGCCCGUGAUGAUAGCUGUGAUUCUUGCCAAUGCUGUGGCCCAGAGCCUCCAGCCAUCCCUUUAUGAUAGCAUCAUCCGCAUCAAGAAACUUCCUUACCUUCCAGAACUAGGUUGGGGUCAUCAUGAGAAAUACAACAUUCGUGUGGAGGACAUCAUGGUAAGAGACGUGAGGUAUAUUACCCUGAAUUGCUCCUACAGGCACCUGUAUGAUGUCCUGCAGACCAGCAACCUGAAAACACUGGCACUAGUAGAGACUGCAGAUUCUAUGAUUUUGCUGGGUUCCAUUGAGCGCUCACAACUCCAGGCAUUGCUGACCAAUCAGCUUAGCCAUCACAAGAGAAUGGCUUAUCUACGAGAGCAAGCACAGGCAAAGGCUGCCAAGAAGCACUUAGCAGAACAGAGCCAGACUUCUAAUGAUGUGCACAACCAGAGCUUGCCUCAUGAAGUCCGCUUCCAGAUAUCCACAGACCAGUCCACUUUCAAUCCAUCCCGUUUGGUGCCUGAAAAGCCCUUGAAGCCAGCACUCAAACGUCCAAGUAGUAGCACUUCAGAGAGCCCUAUGGGAGCCAUGGACAAUACGAGCAUUGCACUGAAAAGCUUGUUUUGUGCCAGCCCUGCCCCAGAACAAACUGAGACCAAUGAGCUAUCAGGGGGUCCUGAUAACAGGAAGUCCAAACGAGUGCGGAUUUCCGUUGUGGAUGAGGUGGACGUUGAGGAUGACAUGACAGUGUUGGAGAUUGCUGAGUGGGAGGAGAUGCAGCUAGAGGAGCAGGUGAACUUCAACAACUGUAAGAUUGACCCGGCGCCUUUCCAGUUGGUUGAAAGAACCUCUCUGCACAAGACUCACACUAUCUUCUCCCUUCUUGGUCUUGAUCACGCUUAUGUCACCAGCAUUGGCCGCCUCAUUGGCGUGGUCUCACUUAAAGAGUUAAGGAAAGCAAUUGAAGGUUCUGUGACAGUGAAAGGUGUGAAGGUGCGCCCCCCUCUGGCCAGUUUCAGAGACAGUGGAACCAGCAGCAGUGAGACUGAGACAACGGAGAUUCAUAAGCUAUGGGACCGCCAUAAAAGGAUGUCCCUACCCCGGGAGUCCAGCCCUUCAGAACCAGAUGAAAAGUCCCAAUGACAAGGAGGACACUAAGAUAAUCUGCACUGACCUCACUUUAGUACGCUGUGUGGAGAGACUUCAGAGUGGAUAUCCAUCCUGUGUUGCUACUUUACGAAGGGAGAUUCCUUCAGCAUUUGAGAAAGGCAGCAAGGGGCCACUUCGGGUCCUUCUGUCCACGUUUGCCUACAAGUGAUGAAGCAGUCAACACAAUGGACUGAUGCACAAUGAGAUUAGUCCCUGGGCAGUCAGGAAGGGUAUUCAUAUACACACCAGCUGCAGCCUAGUCAACUGGAGCAUCCUGCACGUCUAAUAUAUGGUGCCAUAAACUUUAUUAUUAUUAUUCUUAUAUAAAUGAACGUUUGAUGCAUUGGCUGCCAUGUCCUCGGGGCAUUAUACGAGACUGAGGAGGUUGGGUGUUGAGGAUGUGGAGUCACUGUAAAAAAAAAUAGUGAAAGCUGCCCUUUUAAUAACUUCAAUCAGUUCUGCGUGUCUGUACCUUGAGAUGUAAGAGGUUUAAGUGCAGGAAACCUCCAUCACCGCCAGCCCGCAUGAAAAUGUGCCAGCCUGUUUUCAAUCUGCAUGCAUAAGCUAAGUGGUGCAAAAUAUUUAUUUUGCCAUCUUUGAAACUGUGAAUUAAUAAUGUUCGGGACCAUGAAGCUCCGGCUGUGGCCUCAGUGCCACACAUGACAUAGAAAGCCUGUCUGUUGUCUUCAUAUGCAGGCAGGAACAAAUUCUUAACUAUGUCUACUUUAUGUCUAACAGCUCUGUGCUAUGGAUUGUGCCCCAUUGGAAGCCAAGCUGCACCCAGAAUAUUUAGCAUAGCCCCAGGAUGGGCCAUGCAGCAGAAAAGAUGUCACAUAAUCCGAGGAGGCAACCCUUCCUCCUUCACUUGUGUCAGUGUUGGGCGUGUGGUGGUCUUUAGUAUUUGACACUGCACCAUAAUGGCUCAUGAUACUACUUAAUUAGUGCAAGGCAGUGUGGCUACGGAUAUGUGAGAUAUGACCAUACCAGAUAGAGUGCCACUCAGUAAUGGGCACAGGUCUGUGCCGUGCAUAGUGCUCAUUUGUAAGUGUUUAACUAUGACACAGGUCACUGCCAGGCAGCACUCCUUUUUGUGGGCACAGAUGGGGACCCACCGACUCCGUGUCACUAGAUCCUUACCAAGUAUUGCCCCUUGUGGUAUUCAUAUGAAGUUGGAUGCCGUUGGCUGUUUGCCCACUACUCCUGGGCACUUAUGCACAUUCCGGAGGGCUGCAAGCUCUUUGGAGAUGGAUAAACAUUGUCUUGUUAAUCAGUAUCUUCUUUUAUGUCUAAUGUUGCUUUUAUUUUGUUCUACUGAUCCGAGGUGAGAAAAGAAAGGUGUAAAAUGUGAAGUGGUGACACAAAACCAAAUGCCCCUUUCAGUAAUUUCUCAUCUCACUUUUGAUUUCUACUAUGACAAGAAUCAGUGCAAUAAUUCCUCUCAUCUCAUCUUUUGUAAUCAUUAAUUCACUACUUGACUUCAAUGCAGAGUAACCUUAUUUUUGUAACCGAGUGAGUGUGGUGUCACCUCUGCCCUGAUGCCUCGCUCAAUAAUGCCUAAUCCAGCAUCUGUUAACCAAGGACAGAAAUUGUCUUAUUUACAGAUUUGCAGUAUUAUUUUUCAGGGAAAAACUUUUAUAUAUCUGGGAGAAAUAAACAUUUUAACAAAU